AUGCUGAAAAAGCUCGAAAAUUCUGGAAUUUUCGGGAAAAUUCGAGAUUUUUCAACGAAAAAAGCGGCGAAAGGGAAUUUGAAUCGCUACAUCCAACGCCAAUCCACUGACGAAUUCACUGUCAAAGCGCGCGAGCACAAUUAUCGUGCUCGAAGCGCCUUUAAACUAAUCGAAAUCAAUGAGAAAUUCAAAUUCCUGCGACCAGGGAUUACUGUAGUUGAUGUGGGAUGUGCACCCGGGUCAUGGCUGCAAGUUGUAGUGGAUAAAUGUCCGAAUGGAUAUGCAUUAGGGCUGGAUUUACAGAACGUUCUACCCAUCCGCGGUGCUGACAUCCUAUCGCAAUCCGACGUGACGUCGCCAGAAAUUCAGGCGAAAAUUCGAGAAAAACUACAAAUGCGGCAGGGUACUGUAGACGUAGUGCUGAGCGACAUGGCGCCGAAUCCGACGGGAGACAGUGAAACCGAUCAUUUAAGGCUUAUCGAUUUGUGUCGAACCGUUUUUCGAUUGUUUUCCAAGGAGAAUACGGUAGAAAACGCAUUUGAAUUGAGCAGGAAAAACGGAGUAUUUUUGUGUAAGAUCUGGGAUGGAAGUGGACGUGGCGAGUUCGUUCGAGAGCUCUCCGAUCGAUUCUCGAUGGUCAAAACGAUGAAACCGAUGGCUUGUCGGGAUAUGAGUGCUGAAUUGUAUUUGUUUUGUCGGGGAUUUAGAUAA